AUGGCGUCCAUCAUCGUCAUCGCCGUCGUGCUCGUCCUGGACGUCCUCGCCUUCGUGCUCGCCAUCGGCGCCGAGCGCCGCCGGAGCUACGCCUACGUGAACGUGGACUCGUACGGGCGGGCCUACUGCGUGUACAGCUCCGACGCGUCCACGGCGUACGGCGUCAGCGCGCUGCUGCUGCUGCUGGCCGCGCAGGCCGUGGCCAUGGUCGCCACCCGCUGCUUCUGCUGCGGCCGCGCGCUCUCGCCGGGCCGCCGCCGGGCAUGGUCCGGCAUCUGCUUCAUCGUCUGCUGGGUGACGUUCGUGAUCGCGGAGCUGUGCCUGCUGGCGGGGUCGGUCCGGAACGCCUACCACACCAAGUACACCUCGCUGUUCAGCAAGGACCCGUCCCGGUGCGCCAUGCUGCGGAAGGGCGUCUUCGCCGCCGGCGCCGCCUUCACCUUCCUCACCGCGCUCUUCACCGAGCUGCACUACCUCUUCUACGCCAGGGCGCGCGACGCCGCCGACGUGCCCCCGCCCAUCGUCGGCGGCAUCGGCAUGACCCGCAUGUGA